GAAGAGGAAGGCUGCACGUGGUUACCUUCUGGCCGAAGCCGGUCGGGAUGGGCCGUUCGGGGAAGUUGCGCUCUGGCUCUGCCAGCAAACUCAAGCGUUGGCGCAAAGGGCACAGCAGCGACAGCAACCCGGAGGAGCGGCGCUACCGCCUGGCAGCUCGUGGUCGUCUUCUUGCUCCUCGAUCAGAAAACAGUGAUCUGACUGUGGAUGCACUGAAACUGCAUAAUGAGCUUCAGUCAUCAGGACCACUUCCUCCUUUUCGGGAUGCAGAGGGUACCCAGACCUGCAUGGAAGAUGAUAACAAUGCAGAAACGAAGACCCACAAAUCUUCAGCCACCUUCUUGAGUGGUCUGAGCGACUGCACCAACCUCACCUUCGGCAGAGUGCAGCGUCUCUGGGAGUCUAAUUCUGCUGCUCACAAAGAGAUCUGUGCUGUGUUGGCUGCUGUCACAGAAGUUAUCCGAGCGCAGGGCGGCACCGAGAGUGAGACAGAAUAUUUUGGUGCACUGAUGACAACUCUAGAAGCAGUUGAAUCUCCUGAAUCCAUGGCUGCUGUAGCUUAUUUGCUUAAUCUGGUGCUGAAGCGAGUCCCAGGUCCUGUGCUUAUCAAGAAGUUCUCUGAUACCUCCAAGGCAUUCAUGGGGAUCUUGAGCUCCCAAGCCUGUGGAAGCUCUACCUUGGCCUUGCGCUGGGUGCUCUCCUGCUUAGCCACAUUGCUGCGGAGACAAAACCUAGAAGCUUGGAACUACCCGGUUACGAUGCAAGUUUUCCAUGGCCUUCUCAGCUUUACUGUCCAUGCCAAGCCCAAGGUCCGCAAGGCUGCCCAGCAAGGUGUUUGCUCCAUCCUGAGAGGCAGUGAAUUCCUGUUUGGAGAUGGGGCUCCCUCGCAUCAUCCAGCAGCAUCCUCAACUGCAAAGUUCUGUGUGCAAGAGAUCGAGAAGGCUGGAGGUGCAAAAGAGGCCACCACCACAUUGCAUGUGCUCACUCUGUUGCGAGACUUAAUGCCUUGCCUGCCUGCCUCAUCUGUUAAACCCUGUUGUGAGACCUUGCUUCGUGUCAUGACCCUCAGCCAUGUGCUGGUAACAGCGUGUGCCAUGAACGUCUUCCAUAGCCUGUUUGCUUCCCAGCCGCCUUCGUUGUGCCUGCCAGCUGAACUCAAUGCCCAGAUCAUUACUGCCCUGUAUGACUAUGUGCCCAGUGAGGGUGACCUGCAACCUCUGCUGACCUGGCUGUCUGUCAUGGAGCGGGCACAGAUCAGCUUGGCAAGGCAGCAGUGGGAGCUCGGCUGGGCUCAUCUUUCUCGGUUCUUCAGUGCAGCCAUGGUCGCCUUCCUUUCCCCACACGCCCAGGUGGUGUCAGCUGCUGCCCAAACCCUAAAGGUUCUGCUCAAUGAGUGUGUGGCCCCUCACAUGGCAGAACUGGGGUCGGUUUCUUCUGCUACCCCAUCUGGACCUGCUGCCCAUGUCUGCAAGAUGUUCAGAGCAGUGGAACAAGGCCUGACAUACCGGUUCCAUGCAGCCUGGGCCUCUGUGUUGCAGGUUCUGAAGACUUUCUUUGAGGCUUGUGGGUGCCAGUGUCAUCCCAUGAUGAGAAAGUGCCUACAAUCUUUAGCUGACCUGCGUGGAUCCUCACACUUUCCUCACGUCAUGUUUCUCGACCAAGCUGUUGGGGCUGCUGUGGCUACCAUGGGGCCUGAAGUGGUGCUGCAGGCUGUGCCUCUAGAUAUCGAUGGCACAGAGGAGAGACUGGAUUUCCCUCGCAGCUGGCUCCUCCCUGUGCUUCGGGACCACAUCCAUGAUGCUCCCCUUGCCUUCUUCUGCAGUUACUUCUUGCCACUAGCUACAACUCUAAAAAACAGAGCCACAGACCUUGCCCAAGCUGAACGACACUUAGAAGCCAAGAUCUACGAUACUCUGCAGUGCCAGGUCUGGAACCUCUUGCCCAGUUUCUGCACCCAUCCUACAGAUACAGUAGCCUCGUUCAAGGGUCUGGCACGCACAUUGGGAAUGGCCAUCAGUGACCGACCGGAUCUGCGGCUUAUAGUUUGCCAAGCUCUUCGUAGGCUAAUAAAUAAGGGUUGCCAGACAGAUGCUGAACGUGCUGAGGUUGGGCGUUUUGCAAAGAACUUCCUGCCCAUCCUGUUCAAUGCUUAUAGCCAACAGGAUGCUGCCACCGAGAGCCCUGUGCAAAGACGCUCUGUGCUGGACACUAUCCGAGCCUAUUUGACAGUCACAGAGACUCAGAUGGUGUGUGGAUUCUUGGAGAAAGCUACUGAGAAACUGACCAGCCCUGAUAGCUCAGAGUUUACCAGGCUUUCCAUUUUGGACCUUGUUGUAACCAUGGCUCCCUAUGUUGAUGAAAGGUCUCUACAUUCUCUCUACAAUAUCAUCCAGCCCUCAUUGCAGAACAAAGACCAUGGGGUCCAGAAGAAGGCAUAUCGGGUACUGGAGGAGGUGUGUGCCUCUGAGCGGCCUGCAUGUCAGAACUUUGUGGAGAGCCACCUGAAGGAGCUGCAGAGUGCUCUGCUGGAGUCCUUGCCCAGCGCAGCCUCACCUGCCAAGAGGCCCCGACUGAAGUGCCUCUUCCAUGUUGUCAAACAGCUUGUGGCAGAGCAUGAGGAUUUUGUCACUGCCUUGGUGCCAGAGGUGAUACUGUGCACCAAAGAGGUAUCUGUGGGUGCCCGUAAGAAUGCCUUCAGUCUGCUUGUAGAGAUUGGUCAUGCCUUCCUGCGCUUUGGCCCUACUGCAGAUGACGCAAUGCAACGGUACCUCCUCCUGGUCUAUGCAGGCUUGACUGGCUCUGUUAACAUGAUGAGCUGCACUGUUCUUGCUCUUGCUCGGCUGCUGUUCGAGUUCAAAGAACACAUCAGCCCAGUUGCCUUAGAGCAGCUUGUGCAGCAUAUCUGCCUCAUGGUAGGCUCUCGGACACGCGAUGUGGUCAAGUCAGCCCUGGGCUUCCUCAAGGUGGCGCUGUUGCUCCUGGAUGUAGCUUUGUUGGGACGGCAUCUGCAGACCAUGCUAGAAGCGAUCGGGGGCAUGAGUGAUGACAUGAGGCGUCACUUCCGCAUGAAGCUGCGAAACCUUCUCUCCAAGCUGAUCCGCAAGUUUGGCUUUGACCCUGUACAAGCUUUGCUCCCAGAGUCGUAUCGCAAGGUGCUGCUGAAUAUCCGCAAGGCUGAGGCAAGGAACCGCAAGCGGCAAGCUUUGAAACGGGCGGCGGGUUCUGUAGAAGAGGACAGACCAGUGAAGUCCAAGGGAGACAGUAUGGAGGAGGUCCUAGCAGACUCAGACACUGACUGGGAAGAUGAUAGCAAACAGCAUGGUGGUAAAGAGACCAAGAAGGCGUUACAGCCAAGAGCCCAGGCCUGGCUCAAAGAAGGAGAAGGCGAUGAGCCCCUCAACUUCCUGGACCCACAUGUGGCACACAGAGUUCUGGCUACCAAGCCAGGCAUUAGUAAGGCUGGGAAAGUCAGUCAUGACUUCAAGGUGUCAGCUGAUGGGCGGCUUAUCAUAUGUGAAGAGGAGGAUGAAGAGGACGAAGAGACUAAAGGAGUGGAUGAGGAGAUGGCCGAUCUGAUGCAGGAAGUUGGCAUCCGAAGUAAGAAGGCACAGAAGCGGCGAUUCCGAGAUGAGGUAGAUGACAAGGAGCAGGACACUGACAUGCAACCACAGUAUAAAGCUGGGGGGUCUGGAAUCCAUCGUCCUGUUGGCAAGAAUGUAGCACCUGGUGUAGAAUACAAGGCAAAGAAAAGCAAAGGAGACAUCAAGAAGAAGGGUCACCUGGAUCCUUAUGCUUACAUCCCCCUGAACAGAGCCAAACUGAACAGGAGGAAAAAGGCAAAACUUCAAGGACAAUACAAGGGCCUCAUGAAGGGAGCCCAACGUGGUGCCCAGGCUGGCAAGAGACAGCGCAAGAAACAACCCCAUGUCUAAAGGAGAAAGGACUCAUUAAAACUCAGCCAAAGCAACUGGAUUGCGGGUGGAUUUGGUCAUUGCCAUGCUUCAACUUGAGCUGUUCUCCAUAUAUAGAAUGUCAUCUCAAGUUUUGCACAUUAGCCUUGUAUGUGCACAGAUUUUUGUCUCCUGUAGGUUAAAAGAAUAUCCAUUGAAUAUAACCAUAUCACCCCAGUCUUUUUUAUUUAUGGAUCUUGGCAGAUGGGCUUGUUUCUCCAGAGAGUGGUUCCACAGUUCUCAGUUCAACUGCGUGCAUUUCUGGCAGCCUUAGAGUUAUUGGAGAGUGUGUGUGAGUGAAUAUGUUUGAGUGUGUAAGACAGAAAGAGAGACGUAAAUAUGAUUGCCUGCUCUAAUUUUUAAACAAUGAAUGCUGUUAAACCCAGAAGCAGCAGAAACUGGUCUAAUAAAAACCUCUCUCUCCGCCUGUUUUUCUUCUUUUGGCUUGACACUUAUUUCUAAGAACUUGGUUCUUUCUGAGAACUCGCCAGCAUCUUUCCUAAGAUUCAGGAUGUAUUCUGUCAGAGAUACCGAUAGUAAGAAUGGAGGUGAAUGCCAAAAUUGGCGGGGCCAUUCCCAGGAUCAGGGAUAGCCAAGCCCCAAGAAGUAAGCAAUGCUGGUUUCCAAGCCAGACAUCACCUGGCCUCAUUAUCAGAUGAUUUCUUGCUUUCAUGAAAAGUCUAAAAAUGGAAACCAUCAAUGAAAACUGUAUUUGUUAAAGUGCUGUACCAUUUACUACUUAAGGCCAUGAUGGAAAGUUGGAUUCCAUGUAUAUUGGCUAUUGAUUACAACGUGUAGUUUUCUCUGCACAUGUUCAGAGAUUUUCCAUAAUAUGCCAUUAAGGCAGUUCUGUAUAGAGAAUCCUCUCUAAAAAGAGCUCAUUGGGGAAAAUACAUUAAAUCAGUGUAAACAGCAAUAUACUAAAAGGUAUAGUAAUAAAAAUACUUUAAAUAAGA